CUGGGCGCGUGCAUUGUGGGGAGGGAGGCUGGGGCUCACGGGCCGACUCCAGCGCCACAAGCUGCUCCUAACCUGCCCGCCCGCCCAGGACAAUGCCCCCCACAGCUCACUUGUGCCCAGCACCACUGCCCCAGGGCAGCUGAAGUGACCAGAUGGACCUUCUGUGGGCUUGUGCGGCCCAGAAGACCCCGCGGCUGCAGUGCAGCACGGCAGCCUCUGCGAUGGUCCCUCGGUCUACCUUCUAUCUCCGCCUCCUGCUGCUGUUGCUGUCACCACCGCCGCUGUCCUUAACCCUGGCCCAGCGGUUCUCGGCAGCCAACACCACUUUCAAUCACUUGGCGCUGGCACCAGGCUCCCUCUACGUGGGCGCCGUCAACCGCCUCUACCAGCUCAGCCCUGAGCUGCAGCUGGAGGCUGUGGCUGUCACCGGCCCUGUCCUCGACAGCCCUGACUGCUUGCCCUUCCGAGAGCCAGCAGAGUGCCCGCAGGCCCGGCUCAUGGACAAUGCCAACCAGCUGCUGGUGGUGAGCAACCAGGCUGGGGAGCUGGUGGCCUGUGGGCAGGUGCGGCAGGGCGUGUGUGAGAAGCGCCGCCUCGGGGCUGUGGCAGAACUAUUGUACCAGCCCGAGGACCCUGGAGAUGGGCAAUUUGUGGCCGCCAACAUUCCCGGAGUGGCCACGGUGGGCCUAGUGGUGCCCGGGCCGGGAGGAGACCUCCUGCUGGUGGCCAGGGGCCUGGCGGGCAAGCUGUCCCGCGGGGUCCCUCCGCUGACUGUGCGCCAGCUGAUGGGGCCCCAGCCCUUCUCCAGCGAAGGCUUGGGCCGCCUGGUGGUGGGGGACUUCUCUGACUACAACAACAGCUACGUGGGAGCCUUCGCUGACUCCCAAGCCGCCUACUUUGUCUUCCGCCGACGUGCUGCCCGAGCGCAGGCAGAAUACCGCUCCUACGUGGCCCGCAUCUGCCUGGGUGACGCCAACCUCUACUCCUACGUGGAGGUGCCCUUGGCCUGCAGCGGCCAGGGUCUGGUGCAGGCUGCCUUCCUGGCCCCGGGCACACUGCUAGGGGCAUUUGCUUCUGGGCCUCAGGGUGCACAGGCCGCCCUGUGUGCCUUUCCUUUGGCCCAGCUGGAUGCCAACAUGGAGGAUGCCCGGCGGGUCUGCUACACAGCAGCCGGCCGAGGCCCCAGCGGCUUGGAGGAAGCCACCGUGGAGUACGGCGUGGCGUCACGUUGUGUCACCUUGCCCCCUGACGCCCCCAAGUCGUACCCCUGUGGCGAGGAGCACACACCCAGCCCCAUCGCUGGCCGCCGACCCCUGGAGGCCAAGCCCCUGCUACUGCUCGCGCAGCCCAUCAGUGCGGUGGCCGCCCUUGAGGCAGACGGACACACCAUGGCUUUCCUGGGGGACACCCAGGGCCAGUUGCACAAGGUCUUUCUCAAGGGGACCCAGGGCCAGUUGUACUACUCCCAGCAAGUGGGGUCCCCAGGCUCGACCAUCAGCCCUGACCUGCUGGUGGACCCCAGUGGCAGCUACCUCUAUGUCCUGACCGCCGAGCAGGUGGCCCGGGUACCCGUGGCAGCCUGCCCCCAGUUCCCUGACUGCACCAGCUGCCUGCAGUCUCAGGACCCACUUUGUGGCUGGUGUGUUCUCCAGGGCAGGUGUACCCGGAAGGGCCAGUGUGAGCGAGCGGCUCAGCCGAACCAAUGGCUGUGGAGCUACCAGGAGGGGGGCGGCUGCCCACAUAUCCAAGGUCUACACCCAGCCCAGCACUCUCGCCGGGAGCAGGGCCAGGUCACUCUCUCUGUCCCCUGGCUGCCUGCCCUGGCCCCAGAUGAAUACUUUCACUGUGCCUUUGAAGACUACGACAGCUUGGCUCACGUGGAAGGGUCCCAUGUGACCUGUAUCACACCUCCGCAUGACCAGGUGCCCCCUAACCCUCCCGGCACAGACCACAUCACGCUGCUCCUGGCCUUGAUGUUUGAAGAUGUGGUGAUGGCUGCUACCAACUUCUCCUUCUAUGACUGCGGUGCUGUCCAGGCCUUGAACGCUGCUGCCCCGUGCCGCGCUUGCGUGGGCAGCCUCUGGCGUUGCCACUGGUGCCCCGAGAGCAGCCAAUGUGUGCUCUGGGAGCACUGCCCCGAUGGCGAGAGGACUGUGUACAGCGCCCAGGAGGUGGACAUCCAGGACCGUGGCCCAGAGACUUGUCCCCAGGUUGAGGGCCUGGCAGGGCCCCUCUUGGUGCCAGUGGGCUGGGAAAGCCGCUUGGCGCUCCAUGUGCGGAACCUUCAGCAUUUCCGAGGCCUGCCUGCCACUUUCCACUGCUGGCUGGAACUGCCGGGAGAGCUUCGGAGGCUGCCUGCCUCACUGGAGGAAAAGGUUGGGAAUGAGGGCAUCAUCCACUGCCAGGCCCAGCAGUUCCAGCCCUCGACCUCCCAGCGGGAGCUCCGGGUGCCUAUCUACGUCACCCGUGGCGAGGCCCAGCGCCUGGACAAUGCCAGCCCUCUUCACAUGACCCUGUAUGACUGCGCCGUGGGCCACCCUGACUGCAGCCACUGCCAGGCAGCCAACAGGAGCCUGGGCUGCCUUUGGUGCGGCCAAAGCCAGCCAGCCUGUCGCUAUGGGCCCCUGUGCCCACCUGGGGCUGCCCAGCAACACUGCCCUAGGCCCAGCAUUUUCUCGAUCGAGCCCCACACUGGCCCCCCUGAGGGGGGCAUGGCCCUCACCAUACUGGGCUCCAACCUGGGCCAGGACUUUGCUGAUGUGCAGGACGCUGUGAGUGUGGCUGGCCAACCCUGCAGCCCUGACCCAGCUCUCUACAGGAUCUCUGCCCGGAUUGUGUGUGUAACGUCCCCUGCCCCCAAUGGCACCACGGGACCAGUCCAAGUGGCCAUCAGGAGCCGGCCACCAGGUGUCUCCCAGCAGCACUUCAUGUACCAGGACCCUGUCCUGCUGAGCCUGAGCCCCCGCUGGGGUCCCCAGGCAGGGGGCACCCAGCUCACCAUCCAUGGGCAGCACCUCCAAACAGGAGACAACAUCAGUGCAUUUGUGGGGGGCCAGCCGUGCCCCAUCCAGGAGCCGGUGUGUCCAGAGAGCAUCCGGUGCCAUACCAUGCCCCAGGCAGCCCCUGGAGAAGCAGUCGUGCGAGUGGUCUUUGGUCAAGCCCAACGCACACUGCCAUCCAGCCCGUUCAUCUACACUGACAACCCCCAGCUCUUGGCGGCCGAGCCCAGUGUCAGCUUCCGGGGGGGCGGGCGGCUGAUCCGAGUCAGGGGCUUGGGUCUGGAUGUGGUGCAGUGGCCUCUAUUAUCUGUGUGGCUGGACAGCGAGGGUCCAGUGGAAGCCGCACCGGCCCAAUCCCAGGACUUGGACCUAAGGCAGAGCUGUGGAGGUACCACUGCAGACCCCCAAGCUUGCAUCCAACUUGGAGGGGGCCUGCUGCAGUGCUCCACAGUCUGCUCGGUCAACUCGCCCAGCCUCCUCUUGUGCCCAAGCCCUGCCGUGCCUGACGGUGCCCGCCUGCGCCGGGUCUUCUUCAGCCUGGACAAUGUGCAGGUGGACUUCAGCAGGGCCAGCGGGGGCCAGGACUUCCUCUACUAUCCCAAUCCCCGCCUGGUCCCCCUCAGCCGCGAGGGCUCCACCCGUCCCUACCGCCUCAAGCCAGGCAACGUCUUGGAUGUGGAAGGUGAGGGCCUGAACUUGGGCAUCAGCAAGGAGGAGGUGCGUGCCCUCAUCGGCGAUGCCGAAUGUCUGGUGCAGACCCUCACCCUCACCCACCUCUACUGCCAGCCCCCGCCCCGGGCCCCACAGCCAAGCAACGGCAGCAGUCUGCCCCAGUUUGUGGUGCACAUGGGCAACGUGCAGCUGGUGCUGGGUCCCGUGCAGUACGACGCGGAGCCCACGCUGGCGGCCUUCCCCGUGGAGGCUCAGGUGGGCCUGGGCCUGGGUGCUGCUCUGCUGACAGCCGCCGUCCUGCUGCUCACCCUCAUGUACAGGCACAAGAGCAAGCAGGCGCUGCGGGACUACCAGAAGGUGCUGGUGCAGCUCGAGAGCCUGGAGGUCGGCGUGGGGGACCAAUGUCGCAAGGAGUUCACAGACCUGAUGACGGAGAUGACAGACCUCAGCAGUGACCUGGAGGCCAGCGGGAUCCCUUUCCUGGACUACCACACAUACGCCGAGCGCGCCUUCUUCCCUGGCCAUGGAGGCUGCCCACUGCAGCCUGUGCCCGAGGGGCCUGAGGAAGAGGGUCGCCGCGCCACUGUGCGCCAGGGCCUCACGCAGCUGUCACACCUCCUCAACAGCAAGCUCUUCCUCCUGACACUCAUCCACACGCUGGAGGAGCAGCCCAGCUUCUCCCAGCGUGACCGCUGCCACGUGGCCUCCCUGCUGUCCCUGGCCCUGCACAGCAGGCUGGAGUACCUAACGGACAUCCUGCGGACCCUGCUUGGGGACCUGGCCACCCAUUAUGUAGAUAAGAACCCUAAGCUCAUGCUGCGCAGGACGGAGAGCAUGGUGGAGAAGCUGCUCACCAACUGGCUGUCCGUUUGUCUGUACGCCUUCCUGAGGGAGGUGGCUGGUGAGCCUCUGUACAUGCUCUUCCGGGCCAUCCAGAACCAGGUGGACAAGGGCCCUGUGGAUGCCGUGACAGGCAAGGCCAAGCGCACCCUGAACGACAGCCGCUUGCUGCGAGAGGACGUGGAGUUCCGGCCACUGACACUUAUGGUGCUGGCGGGGCCGGGGGCCAGUGCCGGGCAGCACUUGCCAGCCCGGGUCCUGGAUGCCGACACCAUCACACAGGUCAAAGAGAAGGUGUUAGACCAAGUCUACAAGGGCACGCCCUUCUCCCAGAGGCCCUCCGUGCACUCCCUGGACCUCGAGUGGCGCUCCGGCAUGGCUGGUCACCUCACCCUGUCUGAUGAGGACCUAACCUCGGUGACCCAGAACCAGUGGAAGAGACUCAACACCCUGCAGCACUACAAGGUCCCGGAUGGAGCAACAGUGGGGCUAAUUCCUCGGCCCCACACAGGUGCGGGUACCCCGAGCCUGGCUCCCAGCUACCUCUCCGCAGACAAUAUGCCCAUGCUGGAGGACAGGGAGGACGGGGACGAGGGCGGCCUCCGCCUUUGGCACCUGGUGAAGGCCACGGAAGACGGGGAGGGGACCAAGCCUCGACGCAGCAGCCUGCGGGAGCGGGAACGGGCCCGGGCCAAGGCCAUUCCGGAAAUCUACCUCACCCGCCUGCUCUCUAUGAAGGGCACGCUUCAGAAGUUCGUGGAUGACACGUUCCAGGCCAUCCUGAGCGUGAACCGGCCCGUGCCCAUCGCUGUCAGGUACCUGUUUGACUUCCUGGAUGAGCUGGCCGAGCAACACAGCGUCCAAGACCCCGAGACCCUGCACAUCUGGAAGACCAACAGCCUGCUGCUGCGUUUCUGGGUGAACACACUGAAGAACCCCCAGGUCAUCUUUGAUGUGCGCGUGUCAGACAACGUGGAUGCCAGCCUUGCUGUCGUUGCUCAGACUUUCAUUGACUCCUGCACCCUCUCUGAGCACAAAGUGGGCCGGGACUCCCCCGUGAACAAACUGCUCUAUGCCCGGGAGAUCCCUCGCUACAAGCAGAUGGUGGAGAAAUACUAUGCCGACAUUCGCCAGAGUUCCCCAGCCAGCUACCAGGAAAUGAACUCAACCCUGACAGAACUCUCAGGGAGCUACACCUCCACAGCCCACUGCCUGGCAGCCCUGCACGAGCUGUACACACACAUCCACAGGUACUACGACCAGGUUAUCAGCGCCCUGGAGGAGGACCCGGUGGGCCAAAAGAUGCAGCUGGCCGGCCGCCUGCAGCAGGUCGCUGCCCUGGUGGAGAACAAGGUCACCCAUCUGUGAGGACCACUGCAGUGCCUUAGGACCCCUGGAUCCAGCCAGUGCCUGAGGAGGGUGGGGUACCGCCCUUCCAGUCCCACCAACAAGCCCCCUCCACUCCCGCCUAAUGUAUUUAUUCACUUGCUGGAGAAUUACAUCUGGAAAUAAAAUAGACACACAUCUUUCUAGAACAA